CCGUAGUGUAUGACGUGCGACUUGUCAGCCUGCUAACACCCGUUGAGGCAAACGCACAGUUGUAAUAAGUCUGUGCGUACCUGCAAUAACGUCAAGCUUGUUCACCUGGUUGGCUCAAGCUCUCACUUUUAGGUUACUGAUUUGCCCCCAGACCGGCCUCCUUAAAUGCCUGCAGCUUGCCCCGCCAUCCAACUACUCGCUGGGCCUCCCCCCAAUUCCCGACCCCCAGUCCUGCAGGAUCAACCAUUUCUCAACACGGGAAAUUUCCAGCUUUGAUAUCGGAGUCUGGUUUUCAUCUCUCUUGAUCUCGUCGCGAUUUACACCGAUAUUCACGAUGACCCAGUCAGACCUCGAUCUCCUGCUCGAGAUGGGCUUCGAGCGGGCGCGUGCCGAGCUCGCUGUGAAGAAGACCGGAGGAUUGCAGCAAGCCUUGACCUGGCUCGAGGAAAACCAAGAUAAGCCUCUUGAGGAACUACAGGCAAGCCAAGCCUCAGCCGCCACUGCUGGCGAGGGUGAGGGUGAUGAGGAAGGCGCACCCUCCAUUCCUUCAGGCGUGACCGCCCAGUCUCUUGUCUGCAACGAGUGUGGCAAGAAGUUCCGCAAUCACGAUCAGGCCUCGUUUCACGCUUCCAAAACCGAUCACACCGACUUCUCAGAGUCAACGGACGAGAUUGCGCCGUUGACCGAGGAGGAAAAGAAGGCCAAGCUAGAAGAGCUUCGCCGGAAACUGCAGGAGAAGCGGGCCAACCAGGCCAUCCUAGACAAGGAGGAGUCCAAACGGAAUGAACAAAUCCGGCUUAAGGCUACCAAGGAGUCACAAGACAUCAAAGAGCAGUUGCAGCGCAAAGAGCAGAUGAAGGAGGCUGCCAAGAAGCGCCAGGAGAAAUUGGAGGACCUGGAGGCCAAGAAGCGCAUCAAGGCUCGGAUAGAGGCUGACCGGGCGGAGCGCAAACGCCGGGAGGAAGAGGCGAAGGCGAUGCGCGGGGGAAAGCCGUUGCCGAAUCCGACCACUACACCGGCCGCUCCGUCCGCUGCCGCCGGGUCAUCCGCUGCCGUUGCCCGGCUGCGGCUUCAAACAGCGAAGGGGAACCUUGUGAAGUCGUUCCCUAGCGAGACCACGCUGUUUGAGGUUGCCCAGCAGAUCGAGGCCGAGGUCGGGGCUCCAAUUCAGAGCUUUUCACUGACCUUUCCCAGGAAGACGUUUGAGGCUGGCGUCGACUUUGGGCAGACGCUUGCGGAGGCCGGCCUGGCACCCAGUGCCGUGCUGGUGGUUAAAUAAGCCGGCAGCAGAGUAUGUGGGCAUCUCGGAAUGGCAGGAAGCCGGCGGUCACCGCCUUGCCUGCUUUCCUACUUUAUGAGUACUGUGAUUUAAUGACAUGACAUCUUUGGGAGAGGAUGUGGCCUCUUUGGGAGAGGAUAUGGCCUCCGGUGUUAAUAAAGAGGAGUUACCCGAACCCUGUAUCGGAUCAUAGGGAACCUAUGUCAAGGAUGGGACGUGGCACUGGGGAUCUCGUCUUUGAAAGGGCGCACCAUGACCUACACUAGAAACCAAGCGCCUUUCUCGCUACAUCCCCACCAUAUCACACAUAUGCUGUAUAAACAAAUCCCACUCGAGCGAUGUUUUCCCUGGUACCUCUCCUCAAUUCACUCU